AUGAAAGUUUAAACGAUUUAAAAAAUACAAAUUAAAUUCAAAAUCUAAUCCGAAUUUACUUGGAAAUAACUACUGAGAACAGAAUUUGCAGCUAAUGUGUAAGUAUGUUCUAGCAUAUUCCAGUGGAGUUUAUAUGCUAGACAUUUCAGGAAUGUUGUGGGUUGAGAGUGGAUUAAAAAUUUUAAUUUAUUAUUAUUUCAUAAUAUUUAAACUUUUAGAUGUAGACUUUUUAACACAAAGAUAUGCUUUAUUAAAUGAAGGAUUAUACUCACCUUUUAAGGAGCUAUGUGUGAAUGCUGAUCAGGAGUUGAUGAGUUAUUAUUGUUAAAUAAAUUAAUUUAUUAUUUUAGGUCCAUCCCUAGAAAAAAGAUAAUCUGUGAAACAUAUGGAAAUGGUAUUUUAAAAACAUAACAUUUCUUCAAAAAUUUUAUUAUAAAAUCUCAACAACAAAUAUGUAUUUUAUAUUUGAAAUUUAUUCUUUAAUACUAACAGAAAGACUAGAAAAAUUAAGGUUAACUUAUGAAAAAUAUAAUCUUAUAGAAUUAAGCCAAAAUAGAAAGCUAAUUAAAGGAUGGCAGAUAAUAAUAUUUAUUUUUGGUAGGUAAGAUUUGGGUUUGUGGUUAUUUUUUUCUAAUUUGAGGUUGGUGAGACUGAACUAGAAAGCUCAACAGCAAUCAGAGCGAGAAUCAAAGAGUGUGAGAUAAGGAUAGAAAGAUAAAGAAUUUGCUCACUUCUCAAGAGUUUGGGCUCUUUUUGACACAUUUAUUUAAUGCUUGCUUUAAAAGCUCAGUUGUUUACAAUACUCAAAUAGAAGAGAAAUAAUUUUCAAGAGGAAGUGA